UGGGUUGCCAGGAGCGAGGAAGGACGAAGUUGUCCCCGCGGCGCCGCCGUCCUCGCUUCCCAGUAGGCAGGGCUGCUCGCGGGCCUCGCGGCGCGCGGCGUUUCCUCUAUUAGGGCGGACGUACGGGCAAGGAUAAAGGAUGCGGCAGCCUCCGCGCUGAGCUCGGCGCGGGUGGGCCUGAUCAGAAUAAUGUUCAGCAUAAACCCUCUGGAGAACCUCAGGGUUUACAUCAGCAGCCGCCCACCCCUGGUGGUGUUUAUGAUCAGCGUCAGUGCGAUGGCCAUUGCCUUUCUGACUCUGGGUUAUUUCUUUAAGAUCAAAGAGAUCAAGUCCCCUGAAAUGACAGAGGACUGGAACACUUUCCUUCUACGAUUUAAUGAUUUGGACUUCUGUAUUUCGGAGAACGAAACGUUAAAGCACCUCAUAAAUGACACCACAACUCCAGAGAGUGCCAUGACCAGCAGCCAAGCCCGGCCUUCCACGCCUUCACCACAGACCCUUGAAGAUUCCGGUCCUGUCAAUACUUCAGUUGCCAUCACUUUGACUCUGGACCCCCUCAGACCCUUUGGGGGCUUUUCCCGGAAUGUCACAAGCUUAUGUUCUACCAUUUUUGGCCACCAAAUUGGACUCUCAGGCAGAGAAGCUCAUGAGGAAAUCAACAUCACAUUCACUCUACCUACUGCCUGGAAUUCAGAUGACUGUGCUCUGCAUGGCCACUGUGACCAAGUUGUCUUCACGACUUGCAUGACAGUUACAGCAGCUACGACAGUUUUUCCAGUCACAGUUCAGCCACCACACUGUAUUCCGGAAACAUACAUUAACGCAACCUUCUGGUACAAGAUCGUCACAACUGCAAGGGACUCCAACACAAAAUAUGCCCAAGACUACAACCCUUUCUGGUGUUACAAGGGAGCCAUUGGCAAAGUCUAUCAUGCAUUAAAUCCCAAAUUGACGGUUAUUGUUCCAGACGAUGACCGCUCCCUAAUUAAUCUGCACUUAAUGCACACCAGUUACUUUCUUUUUGUGAUGGUCAUCACCAUGUUCUGCUACGCGGUCAUCAGAGGCAGACCAAUCAAAUUCCGACAAAGCAGCUCAGAGUUCUGUCCUGAAAAGGUUGCUUUCUCAGAAGCAUGAUCCAUUGCCUCCUUCCUCCAAAAGUGACCAAGUCUGCAAUCACUGUCUGCUGAACCCAGAACUGGGUCCUGAUUGGUUACGAAUUUGUUAUCAUGAGAUGUUGGAUUAUUCCAACCAAAGACAUUUAAAGUGCCUGUAAUGGUUAUUUAUAUAAAGAGUAUACUUGGAACAGAUUAUGCCAAUGCAGCUAAGAUUAUUGGGAACCCUUUUCUGUUUUUGUUGGAAUGUUUUGUGUCUGUGUGACUCUGCAUCAGAAGGAUUGGAGAGGCAUGUCUUGCUGCACUGGGGCAGUGUAGAUGCCUUUGCGAGGGUCUCAGACAAAGCACCUUAUUUCCCCCAGUGGUCUGUCCAGUGUUCCAGGCAGUGCACAUCUCUGCUAUGACAGUACAGUUCCAAAGUCAGUGAUGUGCUCUAUUGGAGAGUGUGUGUGUGUGUGUGUGUGUGUGCGUGUGUGUGUGAGAGAGAGAGAGAGAGAGAGAUUGCUUUCUCCUUCCCAUUUGCACCCUGCUUGCAAAAAGUUCCCAACUUUUCUAGAUUAGUUUUUUUAAAACACACACACACACAACAACCACCAGCAUUCAAUCACAUUUUAAUACUUGUUAAGAAAGGUCAUGUGCUUGUAAUUUUAGAUUGGAAAAAGCAAGAGGGGCAGUGUUCCAGUUCACAUUCCCUUUCUUUUGAAGCAGUACUAAAUUUUUUACGUCAGAAUAAGCCAAUUGUCCAUUGUUCAUGCUAGCUCCCAAGUUGGAGCUGUUGCCUGCAGAGAAACCUUUUAUGUCAAUUUGCAUAUGCAAAUGAAUUAUUUGGAUUGCAUUGUUUGACACAGUUGGGGUAUGUCAAAGACUGGUAUGUUUUGCCUUUGCUAGAAUCUUCCAGGUUAUAGAACACAGGUAUUUGGAUGUCCGGAUAUUUGCACCAUUUGAAUGCAGUAAAGCAUUUGGAAAUGAAACUCCUCUAUCUACAUGUGUAGAUUAGCUGUUGCUCUUUGAAACUUCAGUUUGGCUUUGGGAGGUUCUAGUGACAGAAAAGGGCAGACCAUCUCUGGAUAGGGCAGACUAUUGCCUUGGUGCAUCCUGAAGCACUUCUCUGCAGAUUUGUGAAGAGAGUUUGUGAAGAGAGAUGACAAACUGUCCGGAGCUGUGAAGAACAGAUGAACUCUGUUCAGCUCUGGACAUUGCAGAGUUUUGCUCCUGGCAGCUCUUUCCUUUUCAGCCCCUCUCAUGACUUCCUGGCUUUCAUAAUUUUGGCCAGCUUCUCUCAAGGAAUGUAGACUACUUUACCAUUACUUUGAAAACACUGCUAAUUGCCUUAAUGACUUUUCCAUUUUCUUCUUUGGUACCAGCAUCUUUCUGCAUUGGCAAUUGUUUGCACUUUCUGCUAUGAUGAUUCUCACAGUAGAUGUCCUUUUUAAGUGUCUCCAUCAAAUAAUAUGUUGCUUGUUUUUAUUCAAAGGGAUUCCUUAAUAAGUUGAUUUAUUUGCUUGGUAUCUUGAAAUAUUUCCAAGAUGGGGGAGAUGUCCACAUUCUCGUGUUGAACAGUGAGUGGGCUGAAAUGAAGAAAGAUAGCAUUGUGUCUUUGAAUAGAAUUCUCCCCCAGUGGUUUUAAAUGUGCUAGCUUGGGAAGUAGAUUGUGGAAUUGGGGGGGAAAAGUGCUGUAUUUUUACUUUUUGCUUUUAUGGUCCAUUCUAGAUAAGAAUUACUGAAGAUUCAGGAGUGAUUCCCAGGCAAUGGAGGGCUACAAUGGAUUAUGGGGUAUUGGUGAAAAACAUCCAGGCGAGAGGG